ACAACCACAAAUUUCAUUUCCAUCUUCUUCGCCCCGACCAGAUUUUUACAACAAAAUAUUUUUUUUCUUCUCCACAGGCAAAGAUGCUUCGUGUAAGCGCUUGCGACGUCCGACAACUACCCAGCCCCACAAACAGUGAUCAUAAUAAGACUGUUAACACCUCGAAGAAGCAUCAGCGUCCGACAGAGGAAGGUGGUGAUGUUCAGGAAAACGCAGUGCUUGUGAGAGCGAAAAGAGGGAGGAAGACGAAAUCGAUACCCGAAGAAAGUUGGGACAACUCCUCUUUUUUUGCCUUUGUCACGGCUUCCAAUUUGGAAGCAGAUGCUCUGUAUCUUCCACAAGAUUUCACAAGCUCUAGUGGUCUACCAAAAUUUUUUUGCAAGGUUGUUUUAACUGAUGGUAGGGGUAACUCAUGGGAACUGGAACUGAGGUACGACAAAUCCUCUAAUAGCUUUUACAUGAGCAGAGGUUGGAGACAUUUCUGUGAUGAACUGGGCAAAAAGGUAGGAAGUGUGUUUACCUUCGAACUAAUGAAAGAGUGGGGAACGCCUUUUCUCAGCUUCUCCCCUUCCAAAGCUACUCUCUGUUAUGAAACUUCAGAAAACCUGGACCAUUUUGUGACAUUAAAUCUCUCAUAUGACAGUCUCAAAAACUGCAGAUUGUAUCUUCCAUCGGGAAACAUGAGAAGAAAUGGCUUGGACGAAUCAAGGCUGGUAACACUACUGGGAAAAGAUGGUACAAGGACGAUCGCAAAUCUUGUACGGGAAACCUCAGGAAGAAACUUUGGGAGACUGAGUUUGGGGAAAGCUUGGAGGGAAUUUGCUCUAGCAAAUAAUUUGGAGGUUGGUGAAAACUUUACACUGGAGUGCAUCUGGGAAAAUGCAACUCCUAUCCUCAGGUUGUCCGAUACAAAGCCUAGAAGAUACAUAAAAAGGGGACCCAAACCGAAAUUUUCAGGAUUUUGCAAGAAAGUGUCUGCUUCCAGUGCAGCUAAGGAUGGAAAAGAACGUGAGAAAGGCAAGAACAUAGAGGAGCCGAUCAAUGAAGCAUCACUAAUCGAAAACCACCUACUAGUGAUAUUACCACUUCUUCAUGAAGAUGUCAAAGCAUAUACGCUGUUUCUUCCAAGUCAAUUCAUGAAAGCUAAUGGCAUCGACAUACUUUUCGGAAAGAUACUUUUGUUGGGUAGAAAAGAAUCUGAGUGGUGUGGAUGUCUAUUGUCAAGAGAUGGAAACGUAUCUGUAGGAUAUGGUUGGAGAAACUUCUGUGAAGCUAAUGGAGUGAAGAUAGGAGACUCGUUCUCUUUAGAAUUCAAGCACAACGUUGACAAUAUCCCGGUACUUCAAUUUCGUCCCAAACUCCGAUCCGGGGAAUAAACAUAAAUGUUUAAGUAUGUUAAACUCAGAAAGCCAUUUAUUUUCGUUUGUGAAGCUAAAGAAACUGGCUAAUAAAUAAGCAUUAUCAUGUCUACUUCAUUCAAAGGAGUAUAUGUUAUUUAAUCAAAGAUGUGUUUUCUUUCUAUUUUGUGUCACAAACUUUAUAUUAAUUAUAGU